AUGGUAUACACAACACCAAAACAACAGCAGAGAUUCAACUCCACUCCAAAAUCUAGUCACAGUCUUAUCUUUUCGCCAAUCAGAGCCCCUUCAAUGCAAACACCCUCCUCACUGGAUUAUCAAUCACCUUCAAUUGUUGUGUCAUCAUCUUCAAUGAAGGUUCACGGCCACUCUUCCAGCUUCGGUAAGUUUUCGUUAUCCAUUGGCCAAAAUGGUAAGGCUGCAAUCCUAGGGCCUAUAAAUAUUCUUCCCACCGAUACAUCGAAAACAGAGAAACAUGUGUCAAAGAAGAAGCCUAUCUCUUCUGACCGUGUUGAAAAGACUCGUAUAUUAUCCUUGUUGAAGAAAAUGAGAAACAAGAGCAGUACUGUUAACAAAAAAUAUAGCCAAGUACCGUUAAAGUCUACGACAGGUUUACAAGCAGCAGAUACUGCGUCUUCACCAUUAGCCUCCAAUACAAUGAAGCCAUCUCCCAAAAAGAUAGCUUCUCCAAGGACCCCGAAUGCAAACUCAAAUUUAAAUCUAAACUUUACUUCAUUCCAAAUCAAAACUGGGUUUACUCCCAAUAUCGAUGGAAUUUUACUUGAAAACUUCACAUCUCCCAAUACAACGACUGAUUCACAUAAUAAUUCCACUAGCAAUAUCCUCAGCAACAAUAAUGGUGGCGCAAACAACGCCAAUCAGUUUCUUUUCAAUCUACCACUUCAAUCAUCGCCAAGACAAUUCAGGUCUCCUGCAAGAUUAAUAGACCCCCUUCCAAUAUCGGACUGGAAUACUAGCCUCUUAAUGUCGCCUCCAAGAACGACGAAUUUUGAGUCUACAAACAAUCACUUCAAUUCAAACUUCGCUCAGGCGUCGAUGUUGAGACGCCCUUCACUACCGCACAUAGAUGAGGUGAUACCACAGGACUCUAACCCGACCAAUUACUCAGAUAGAUCAGAGUAUCUAUCUGUGGAUCAAAACGUCAAUAAUAACAAUGGUGCACUUUCAGAACAGGCCUAUAAUAAUAUGAUGAAAUCUUCAAUGAUUUCGUUACCUAUAGAAAAGGAUGACGCCACGAUGGCUCUACGGAAACUCGUCUCCAGACAGUAA